UACUUUUCGAGAACGUUACCUAGCAACUGUUAGCAAUUGACUUAGAAAGGACACUUUACAUUCCUGCACAGUUUGCGCUGUUUGUUUUGUCGAGACAAAGUGCAAAUAUUUUCAAAGUGAUCAAAGGCUUCUUAUUUUCAUUUCAAUUUUAUUUCGAUGUUCUCAUCAAAUUUUAACAAGGGUCUUUACGGUCCAACUCGCACAAGUGCUCGGACGGAAAUCAAAGACGUCCUUUUGCGCGAUCAUGUGUUACAAAACGGAGAAUGGCACGGCGAUGAUCGGCAGAAGAAUCCGUGGAAAACCUCCUUUUCUAUUUCUUUUGAGAAACCCAGCGUUGGAAAAAAUGUCAAGCAUGGCAAAGUUAACGUGCGGACAAAUGUAACCAGCUUUGUACUGGGCUCAGAGGGGGGUCUCUCACUGGCAACUACAGCAAAGGACUUUGAUAACAAGCUUCAGGGAGCUCCUUUCAAAGCUGCUCCUAGCCAGUCAACCAGCAUUGCUGAUUUCUCUCCUAAGUACAUGUCUGAUGAAAUAUUUGGAAGGUCUGGAUCAGUUUACAGCAGAACGUUUGCAAAGGGACCCCAGGCACAAGGCUCUAAUGCUAAAAACAGAGCUGAAUGUCAAAAGCUUACCACCCAUCUCAAUACAUCUCAUUUUUAUUUUGGGAGUGAUUUAAAUGGAUAUGGCACAGAGACAAGGCACUCAUUUGAGAAGAAUUUGGAACAUUCUGCCAAGGAACCUGGCCCAAGCACAAACCUGGCUUCCAAAACAGCUCAGGAGACUUACAAAUCAAGUGUUUUUAGACACGGUGAUUGGAAUGUGGCUGAACCUCACUUUAUAAAACAUUCGGUGACAUGUGAUGACUUCCAUAUCAAACCCUUUACAACAAGCCACAAUGAUGGAUCAAAAGAUACUAAAGGACAAAAACAGGAAAAAGAUGAGUUAGAAUACACUGAAUCCAAAGUACCUUCCAUCAGCCCAAAAGACAAUCCUAGCCAUCCUUAUUAUCAGCGCAGCACUCACUUUGUGUUAGGAACCAACACAGAUGAUAGAAGUUCACUUCAUCAGAAAGAUUUUAUUCUUAGUAAGCGAGAGUGCUUGAUAAAACCACCAGCAGCUCCUCCUCCAAUCUCUUCCAAGGUUCUUCCAAACCUGGAGGACUGUAGGCCCUCUUGUUCAACACAUACAGCAGAUUUCACUGACCACAAGAUUCAAAUCACUCAAAUUAGUCAGGGAAGGGCUGCUGAGACAAAACUUAAUAGGGCACGUCACAAUACACUUGCUGUUGUCUUAUCAUGUGAUGCACAAUGUCAUGCAGGUGACAGACAAGCAUCAAUGACAGGGAGUGGUUACUUACAUCCACCAAAGGACCAUCCAUAUCUCAGCCACCAGAGGGAACAAAAUAGUAGAUAUCGAUACUUGGACAGUGAUGGAGCCCUUCUCAGAGCACCAGAGUGGCCUUCACCAUCAGAGACAAAGGAGGAAUUUAUUCCCAUUGAAGAGCUGGCUACAGGCAAUGGAGCAGCCAAACUAAAGCAGAAAAAAGAUGAUUGCCUUGAGAGAAUUACAGAUAACAGGAAAACACAUUUUCAGUUUGGCUCAGAUAAUAAACAUAAACACACAGAACAGCACGACCAGUUCUUAUUGUCUCUGCAACUUGAUCCAGCCCUUCCAGCCGCAGGGAAGAGUGAAGGACCUGAACAGAAAUACUCCCAUGUAUACCCAAGUGAAACAACACAGCAGGGAAGGUAUCGAGUAUCAGAGCCUCUCCCUCAGGACAAGGUAGUCACGAUUCAACAACAAAUGUUGCAGUUAAAUCAACAGAGAUUCUAUAACUCAGGAGACACCAUGAACAUUCACUUGCGAAAAGCCUUCCUGGAUUUUGAUACAAGCUUGAGUGGUAGAAUUUCUAUUGAAGACCUUAAAUCUGUUUUGGCAAAACUUGGAAUCGACAUGGAGGAGAAAACCUUAGGAAAACUCAUUGAAAUGUGCGAUGCUGGUCGUACUGGUUUCGUGGACUACGAAGAAUUUUCGAAAUAUUUGACGAAAGAUGCUCUAAUUAGUCUUGGAAAUAAACCAUCAGAGACUUCAGUGAUGAAGACGGAUUUCUGUUCACCAGAACAAAGAAGACUCAGUUCUGCUCGGCUACGUACGAUAGAAAUGGCUAAGAAGAUCGCACCAAUGAAGGUGAACUCGCAUUACUUCCACGAGCAUCACUCGGGAGCACCUCGUCUCUCAACCACGGCUCAGGAUUUCGUCCGACCUGACAGAAGGCCAGGGAAUCCUCGUCUUUCUGUGUGAUAACAUGGAGACAAAUGUCACUGAUCUUGUUCCACCCAAAUUUCGGGAACGGUUAAAUUUCUGUAUUGUGUAGUUCUACAAGUGCGGUUGCUGCGUGACUUGGGGGGUGUCUAACCGAUCACGUGACCCUCCGAAGGUGCCUUUCAACUUGGCUCUGAGUAGGAACCAGUCUCCCUCUUUUGUAAAUGCAU